ACACGGUGAAUCUGGAUGAUUUUAAAAUGUUUUAAAAAUGCAUUACAGCUGUUUUGUGUUUUUCUACAGAACCUACAGUGGUUCGAUUUAAAAUAUGUCGAGGCCAAAAUACUUCACAGCCACCGAGGUGUCUGCCCACAACACCGCUUGUGACCUGUGGGUGUCGUUCCUGGGGAAGGUGUGGGACCUGAGCCCUCUGAUGGAGCAGUUCAAAGGUGAUGUUCUUCUGCAGCCCAUCAUCGAGUGUGCAGGAAAGGACAUCAGCCACUGGUUUGACCCUAAAACUAAAGAUAUCCUGACCCAUGUUGACCCGAUGACUAACUGUGUCAAGUACUACACCCCGAGGGGCCGCUUCGUGCAUGUGCCCCCCAACUGCCCCAGCACCACCUGGGCCAACGACUUCGGCCGGCCCUGGUGGAAGGACGCGACGUACGAGGUGGGGCUGCUGACGGCUAAAAGCAGGUGGAUCCGCAUCAUCAACACCCUGACAGUGCAGGAGCAGAAGCUGGAGGUGUGCACAGAGGAGACGCUGGCUGAGAUCCUGCAGCGGUACCUGCGCUACAACUCGCAUGCAUCCAGCUACACCUGGAAGCAUGACGGAGCCCUCCUGGACAUGAGCAAGACGCUGAGUGAAAACGGCAUGCCGGACGAGGACGAGGAGUUUUACAGGUGCCGCAUGGACCGUGACCUCUUCACCCCGUCCAUCUGCCUCUACUUCAACGACGACCUGACUGAGUUCUGACCCCCCCUGCUCUCGCCCCGAUAGUGAUAAAUGUGUAAGAUGUUUUAGAGCAGGAAUGCUGACUGACAUUUACAGCGAGUUAACCAGAGAUCCUGUCAGUGCUCUUCCAAUAACAGGCUUUAAUUUGACUCUUAAGUGUUAUACAUGUGAACAGCACUGCACAGAAUAUGUUAAACGGUUAUGAGCCGUAUCACUUUUGCAUUUUGAUUAAUGUGCCUUAUUCCGUUGAAGCAUUUUUGGAGUGCUGCUGCUCAUUUGCCUGCUUUAUUUUGCUUCCUAAAAGCAUCUCGCAAUUUUAACAGUGACUAAAUUCAAUAAAAUUGAAUC